AUGCCUGGGUGUCAGCGAGCGCCGCUUGGCGACGGCAGCCGCUGAUGCUGCAAGCCAGGGGGCGAGGCGCGUUUCCUUUCGUCCUCGCCUAACGGAGCGGCGGCUGGCGACGAGCGAGGCGCGCAAAGCGCAGGCGGCGAGGGGGGCGGCUGCUGUUGCUGCUGCAAACUCCCCUUCUCCUUACCCCGGAGGAUACCGAAGACCCUCGGCAGCGAAGGAAAAAGAAAGCCACAACAGCUGCAGCUCAGAAGGAUCAGCCAGAUCCUCCCUCCUUGGGCACAGAAGUCUCUCCCCCCCCCCCACGUCGCCGCCAACAACAUGGAUCCUACAACCCGGAGGACCAAGGCGGAGGACGCCGAGCAGCUCCCGCAGCAGCCGGAAGAAGAGGAAGAAGUGGAUCCCAGGAUCCAGGGGGAACUAGAAAAGUUGAAUCAAUCCACAGAUGCUAUCAAUCGGAGAGAAACAGAACUCGAGGAUGCGCGCCAGAAAUUCCGCUCCGUCCUGGUUGAGGCUACAAUAAAACUUGAUGAGCUAGUGAAGAAGAUUGGGAAAGCUGUCGAAGACUCGAAACCCUACUGGGAAGCUCGGAGGGUUGCCAGGCAGGCACAGUUGGAAGCUCAGAAAGCAACCCAGGAUUUUCAGAGAGCAACGGAGGUCCUCCGAGCUGCGAAAGAGACCAUUUCCCUUGCUGAGCAGAGGCUGCUGGAAGAUGACAAGCGUCAGUUUGAUUCUGCCUGGCAGGAGAUGCUCAACCACGCCACUCAGAGGGUCAUGGAAGCAGAGCAGACGAAAACCCGAAGUGAGCUGGUGCACAAGGAGACGGCUGCCAAAUACAACGCGGCCAUGGGCAGGAUGAAACAGCUGGAGAAGAAGCUCAAAAGGACCAUAAAUAAAUCCAAGCCUUACUUCGAACUCAAGGCGAAGUAUUAUGUACAAUUAGAGCAAUUGAAGAAGACCGUAGACGAUCUGCAAGCAAAGUUGGCGUUGGCCAAAGGCGAAUACAAGACAGCUUUGAAAAACUUGGAGAUGAUCUCCGAUGAGAUCCACGAGAGGCGGCGAGCCUCAUCUAUGGGGCCCAGGGGAUGCGGCGUGGGGGCUGAAGGCAACAAUGCGUCGGCAGAAAACCUUUCCGUGUGCAAAUUAGAGCCGGAUAAUAUCUCCAUGGCUUCGGAAGUAUUUGAGGACGACACCUGCAACAGCCUAGUGUCCGAAGACGACUCUGAGACCCAGUCCGUAUCCAGUUUCAGCUCUGGCCCGACAAGCCCUUUUGAGACGCCAUCUCAGUUUCUCCCCGUGGCACGGCCUAGAAGCCUGGAUCUGUCCAGCCCCAUCUCGCUGUCUGAAUUUGGCAUCUUUCCUCUACUAGGACCUCGCAGUGAAUGCAGCGGGGCUUCCUCUCCUGAAUGUGAAAUUGAAAGGGGGGACAGAGCAGAAGGGGCAGAGAACAAGGCCCUCGACAAAGCAAACAAGAACCGGAACAGCCACUCCUCUUCCAGUGGCCCCACGUUGGACAACCGGAUGAAGCAGCUGUCCCUCCAAUGCCUGAAAGUCAAAGAUGGGAUCUGCGCAGACAGAAAAGUAGUGCAAAUCGGCUGAAGUCGACGUCCCCUCGGAGCGGAGGAGGAACCUCUCGAUUAAUUUAUACAAACUUCUCUUCUGCCUGCCAGAAGAACCUUGUGCCAAUAACUAUUUAAUACAUGCCAAAUCUUUUAAGCAUUUACUCUUUAGGAAAAACUGCGCUGAGAGUUCCAUCGGUGUUGAGGGCUGAGGUAUGUGUUUCCGCAUUUUUA